AUGUUGAGAUCGUUAAAUUGGUCUAGGCUGGUAUUCAGACCAUUAAAUGCUUCACCAUCAAUAUGGAGUUCAUGGAAUAAUACUGUUUAUAAAGGUUCCAUAACUAUCUUUUUACCAAACUUAAGAGAAAUAUUAGAAGAAAUGAUAUUAAAAGCAGCACCAAAGAAAAAACCUUCAUAUCGUAAAACAAGACAAAAGUUAUAUGCUCCAGGAGAUAAGAAAAUCCAACCAUUAGAAAAUAUUGUACGUUGUCCAGCAUGUGGAGCUGUCAAAAGAUCCCAUUUUAUGUGUAUGAAUUGUUUUGGUGAAAUUAAAGCUUUCUUAAAAUCCUUAAAACCUUCUUCAAAACCUGCAGAAUUUGAUAUUGAUAAAGUUGAUAAAGAUAUUAUUUAUCCUUCCAAGAGAUUAAAUGAACAUGAAAAGAGAUUACAAAAGAAAGAUUGGAUACCUAUCAGAGAGAAACCAUUAAUGUUUGAUCAUAAACAAAUUAAACCAAGAAAAUAG